UUUCCUAUCAGUGUAAUACCAGAAAGUUUUCGGUGGUACAUAGCUCAUGACAAACCAGAAAAGGCGGAGGUUAUUGUCAGAUCCAUUGCAAAAUUUAACAGAUAUACCAACUUCGAUAUAGACAAAGCCCUAAAGAAACCGGAGAACAGAGAAGACAAAAAGUACACAGUGUUAGACCUAUUUAGAACAAAGAAAAUGGUGAAAGUCACAUUUCUCUUAGCAUUGAACUGGAUUGCACUUGGUGUUGUUUCAUAUGGUAUUGCGUUUGGGAUUCAGUCACUGUCUGGAAACAUCUUCUUCAAUUUAUUUCUGUUCAGCCUGACUGGAAUACCUUGCAAGGCAAUCGCACUUUGGCUUCAAAACAGAUUUGGGCGACGAUGUACCUCAAUCAUGUGCUUUACAAGCGUUGCUUUUGGAGGAAUUGUGGUGGGUGUCGUACAAACACUAGAUGUACCUAAUAAAGAUGAAUUAACCAAUGUAUUUGCACUGAUUGCUAACAUGGGAAUAUCUACAGCGUGGGGAUCUGUUCAAACCAUGACAAUAGAAAUCUAUCCAACUGUAAUCAGAAAUAUUGGUUUUGGUACCCUGAGUGUAACGGGACGUAUAGGUGCUAUUGUCGGUCCGCAGCUAGUGUAUCUGAACACAUACAUUCCGGGACUUCUGUAUUUUGUGUGCGGAGCUAUAUCUGUCAUAUGUGUUUUCGUACUGGUUUUCCUGCCUGAAACAAUGGACAAGAAUCUCAACGACAAGAUAAAGCAAGUUUUAGAUUUAGAAUCGACCGUCCGUGAUAAACCGUCAAAAGUCAAAAGCACAACAAACGAUAAACCUGAAGGCGAAGAAAGACAAACGAAGGAAUCGACAAGUGCAAGAGAAACGGACAAGCGUGUGCCCCUUCGUGUGACAAAUUUGUCUAAACAGACACAUGAUAUUCAUACUCCCGGCUCAUUAGAAAUCGAGACUACACAUAUGUAAAGGACGGAAUUCAGUUUAGUUUACGUUUAAACACAUAUAAAAUGCAGAGUAAUUUAAGAUUUCAGCAACAUUUACCUACAUUUGCCAAUUUUCUGUUAGAUGCAAGUUUUACCUUAAUUCAUAUCUAAUCUUUUUUGGCAGCGCAUAACAGAUACCGGUAAACGGUUGUAAAAUAUUUUUACAAACUUGGAUUUCUAAUACUAAACAUAAUUAUAGAUUGGAGUCUCAAUAAAAAAAAUGGUAUUUAUAUUCAUAUCAGUCCUUGCAAAGAACUUUUCAUUAAAUUUAUACUUCCGCUAAAAUCAUAAGCUAUAUCUUUCUUUGAUGCCCGGGACAAGAAAAUUGCACUUUGAAAAUGCAAAGUUGGGUUCUUCACCAGAUCAGAUUAACAUCAUUUUAUCCUAUCAUUCUUUUCUCUGAACCAAAAUAUCCGAAAGUUUCAGACUUUAGACAAACGAAGAAAGUACUGUUAUUUUGUUUUAAGGCUCAACUGCAUAUUUUUUUGUCAUAUGGUUUCUUCUCGAUAUUAAGUUGCGGACACUAAGUUUCCCUCUGACCUAUACUUAAAGCAAAAACUGUCACUAAUUAUGUAGAGCCACUAACCUUUCGACAGCUCAAUGAAUGUCGUCUCGCAUGACAACACAUCGGGAACCUACAAACCUAAUGGCUAUUUUUCAACUCAGCAACCAAGAAGGUUCGUCUGUUGAAACAGAAAUCUGAACUGAAAUAAUUAAACUAAUUGCUAAUUUAAAAAACUACUUUUUGUUGCAGAGCUUUUUGCAUAUUUUGUUAGUCAUGCAAAACAUAAAUAAUAUAUAAACUCAUUGGAUGGAGUCACAGCGUAUGACCUGGCAUCAAUUAAGUCAUUCUAUAAAACACUUACAUAAAGAAGGGUCAGAUGAUAAUCAUGUUAUUGGUUCCUUUAUUUGCAGAGACUAAAAUAUAUUUUAUUAAAUUCCCGGAUAUCCUUUUUUAAAUUGCGAAAGUAAAUUUAGGUGUUUUGGAAAAAAGUGACCAUUAAACUCAAAAAAAGUUUAAUAGUAUGAAUAAUAUCAUAAGGUCAAGUAUGCAAACAGGUUAUUACCUGAUGUUUUCAGUUAAACCUAAAGUAAAUAAUACCAUCAUUUAUAUGUCUUCAUAAACAUUAAUAAUGGCAAGUAUCCAUAAAACUGAAAUAAGUGAAAAUACCGUUUUCAGUUACCUUUUCUAGUUCAUUUUGGUGAAAAUGUGCAGAAUUUAUAUUAAAACAUAUCUUAGAGAUUUACCCUAAGCCUUCUUUACGCAAGGGAAACAAUCUAAUUAUAUGGUGAAAUUGUUGAGUGAACACCGUUUCUUAAUCCUAAUCCUGUCCCUGUUAUAUCAGUGCAAAGGAAAAGUAACCUAUCUAUGAUAAAUGCCAUGUAUGAUUACACAGUUAUGCACCUAACAGUCUUGAAAUUAAUUUCUUUGAUUUUCUCAUAUUUCUAGAUAUUUUUCCCAUACUUUGACGCAUAUGUAUGGGUAGUUGAGAUUGUUCUCUUUCCAGCAGUAGCCUUUUCAACAUAGUUCACCUUGUGAAAUUCUGUGGGUUUUGACUUUUUUUAAAAAAAUCGUCUGUUUGUUGACAAAUUUCACCACAAAAGAUGUCCUACUUUCCCCAGGGCAAUCAAUUAUUUGAUCUUUACAUAGUUUUGCAUUCAGGUUGCUAAUUCAUGUGGCAAGUAGACAUGCUUUUUUCCUGAUAAGAGGUAAAAAGUGGGUAGUUAAUCCCCCGCCGUGGCGGAGGGAUUAUAGGAAUGGUCUGCGUCCGUCCGUCCUUCCGUCCUUCCGUCUUUCCGUCCUUCCGUCCGUAACAAAAUCGUGUCCGGUCCAUAUCUGCUAAACCCCUUGAAGGAUUUUCAUGAAACUUGGGUCAAAUGAUCACCUCAUCAAGACGAUGUGCAGAACCCAUGAGUCAGCCUUGUCGGUUCAAGGUCAAGGUCACAACUCAAGGUCAAAGGUUUGAGCCUGCCAUUUUGUGUCCGCUCUAUAUCUCAUAAACCCCUUGAAGGAAUUUUAUAAAACUUGGGUCAAAUGAUCACCUCAUCAAGACGAUGUGCAGAACCCAUGAGUCAGCCAUGCCGGCUCAAGGUCAAGGUCACAACUUAGGGUCAAAGGUUUUGAGCCUUCCAUUUUGUGUCCGCUCUAUAUCUUCUAAACUCCUUGAAGGAUUUUCAUGAAACUUGGGUCAAAUGAUCACCUCAUCAAGACGAUGUGCAGAACCCAUGGGUCAGCCUUGUCGGCUCAAGGUCAAGGUCACAACUCAAGGUCAAAGGUUUGAGCCUUCCAUUUUCUGUCCGCUCUAUAUCUCCUAAACCCCUUGAAGGAAUUUUAUCAAACUUGGGUCAAAUGAUCACCUCAUCUAGACGAUAUGCAGAAUCCAUGAGUCAGUCAUGCCGGCUCAAGGUCAAGGUCACAGCUUAGGGUCAAAGGUUUGAGCCCUCCAUUUUGUGUCCGCUCUAUAUCUCCUAAACCCCUUGAAGGAAUUUUAUAAAACUUGGGUAAAAUGAUUACCUCAUCAGAACGAUGUGCAGAAAUUAUGAGUCAACCAUGCAAGCUCAAGGUCAAGGUCACAACUAAGGGUCGAAGGUUUGAGCCUUCCAUUUUGUGUCCACUCUGUAUCUCCUAAACCCCUUGAAGGAUUUUCAUCAAACUUGGGUCAAAUGAUCACCUCAUCAAGAACUCAUGAGUCAGCCAUGUCAACUCAAGGUCAAGGUCACAACUGAAGGUCAAAGGUUUCAGCUCUGUAUCUCCUAAACCCCUUGAAGGAUUUUCAUGAAACUUGGGUCAAAUGAUCACCUCAUCAAGACGUUGUGCAGAAUUCAUGAGUCAGCCAUGUCAGUUCAAGGUCAAGGUCACAGCUAAAAUCAAAGGUUUAGCCUUUCACUAUCCAUAGCAGUGGCGGGGGAUAUAGCUGUCUUUCAGACUGCCUUGUUUGCAUGAGGUACUAGGUCAAUUGUCACCUAAGCCUAUCAUAAAGUCUUUGCGGAGUUGUCUCCAUUUUUUCCAAAUAUUUCAUCCGGGAUCAUUUUUUUCAGCUCAAAUAACUCUUUUUCAGGAAAUGAUAUUUUAAUAAUUUUUUCAGUGCUCGUAUUCUGAUGCACUUAACUUCACAUACAUAUACUAUAGAUAGCUCCUACUUAAAGUUUGUAUUUUCAGUUACAAUGCCUACAUAUCUAAGAAGGAAUGUCACGUUCAGAAAACGAAGCCUCCCCGAACCGCAACUCACUGCACGCAACUUACAGCACAUACACGACUUGCAUUCGCACACAAGCGUACACAACAAAACAAACACACGAAGGAACACAGUGAAAAACACCUUAAAUAGCUGAAACUUGUUUGUGGUGCGUGCCUUACCUCCGUAGAUGGAAAUCAGAUGCCUAAGGAUUUUUGAAAAUUGACUGAACUGGUAUCAGACAAGCAAUUGACUAUAAGUGAAGGUUGUUGUUCAUAUCAACCUUUAUGAAUCUAUAACGCUAGUCUAUUGUUGUCUGACCUUUAUUGUCUGGUAGGUGUACAUUUGAACAAUAAGAUCACACAUGCAUAUGCAACUUCGUUUCUGUUUAAACAGUAUGCUAAUUUGCUCAUUAUCUAUAAGCUGUAACAGUCAGUUUCACUUUGAUUCCCUUUUUUUCCGUUACAUGGUCUUCGGAUCCAUCAUUCCAUUACCUAUCACUCCUUCAACUUCGGUUACAAUGUUACUGAGUUCAUUUCCAAUGCUUGAAUAAAGAACAUAAUUGUU